AAGGAAUUGAAAGAAAAAAUUCAAAGCAACAUUCAACAAUUCUUCAUCUUUGUGUGUGUGAAUGGAUAAUCCAAUUUUGAUGCUCAAGAGGGGUCUAUUGGUGGAACCUUCAAAGAUUAAUGAUGCUGUUGCAUUCUAUAAGCAUGUGUUCAUUGCUGAUGAGGUUCCACCACCUACCUUUGCAGCUGCAGAACUAAAGAUUUAUGACUUCCACUACUUGAUCAUGCCCCUCCCAUCUCACAUGUCCAUAAAUGAUGAUGAAGGAGACAUCAGAAUGAUUGCAAUAAUUCAGUUUGGGAACAAUGCGGCCGGGGUACAAAGGGCAAUACGCGCCGGCGCAGUUCUAGAACACGUUGAAGGAAACAUCGCUGCCAUGUACCCCGGCAUUCCUAUGUGGAAGAUCCGAGAUCCAUUCGGUUAUAGUUGGUACAUUGGUAAGAGCACCGCCGGACCAAGUACCUUCAACCUUCCUACCCCAACCCAUGGUAGCUUGUAGUAGUACGUAGUAGUAGUAAUGAAGGGUUGGUUGGUCGAUCCAUGCUUAGUUUGUAAUAAUGUUUAAUAUUUUGCUACAUUCAUUUUUAGCUCUAAUUAGGUGUUAAUUGCUACAUUUAUCCUUGUAAUUUUAUCCUUUAACUUUGACAAAAAUGAUGUGAUGUAUGACUAUGC